UUAGCACUGGUAGAAGCCGUGGCGACGUCACUGUUUGCGAACAACAAUGCUGCGGGUAUAGAUGCGACUAAGAGGAAGUGCAAACAACCAAAGCAGAGGAAACCACUGCAUGUGAGAUCCGCUGUCGAGCCUCUGAUUAGUUUCUUUACACCGUUCGGAGUCCUUAAAGAUCCAUUACAGCCGCUGGGAGCGGACACUGGAAUUACACCGAGCUUUAGUUUCAUCCGCAUCCCUUGUCUGUAUCAGAGGAAACCAUCAUCUGCGCCCCCCGGUGACCCAGAAACGAAGCAGUCGUGUGACAGAUGGAGAAACAGGCCGGAGGUGCCGGCGCUGGGGACGGUGCAGGGGCGAACAGAAAGCCGUGGGGCUCGCCGACUUGCGGCGCGGCAGCCGGUGAUACCCUGGACAGUCCAACAGGUUCUCACGUAGAAUGGUGUAAACAGCUAAUAGCAGCCACAAUCUCCAGUCAGAUCUCAGGAUCAGUCCAACCAGACAUUGGGAGCAGGGACAUCAAGGCUGGGAGAAGACCAGACUUCAUGGUGUCCAAGAGGCUGAAUCGCAGGCAGGAUUCACAGGAUGAAGGGCUUUGUUACCAUGGAGACAUUGACUCUGAGCAUCCUUCCAGUGCUUUGACCCUCCCAGGUCUGAGAUACGGAGCACAGGUCAAAAUGUUCCAGAACCAGGUUCCUCUGCUCCCUGGAGAGACCAUCCAAACUACAGUCAAGGAUGUGAUGUACAUUUGUCCAUUCAGCGGUCUGGUUACUGGGACUUUGACCAUCACAGACUACAAGCUGUACUUCAUCAGUGUGGAAAAGGACUCUCCCUUCAUUCUGGAUGUGAACCUGGGAGUCAUCAGCAGGAUCGAAUCUAUCAGUGUUCCCAACCAAGGAGAGAACAACAAGGGACUGGAGCUGGUCUGCAAGGACAUGAGGAGUCCCAGGUUUGCCUAUAAGAUGGAGGAGAGCCAGCCGGACGUGGUGGAGGUGCUGACCAAACAUGCCUUUCCUCUGUCCCACAGUCUGCCCUUGUUUGCCUUCCUGUACAAAGAGCAGUUUCCUGUGGACGGCUGGAAGGUGUAUGACCCAGCAGCAGAAUACAGACGUCAGGGGCUUCCUAAUGAGAGCUGGACCAUCAGUAAGAUAAACAGCACCUACGAGCUAUGUGACACGUAUCCUUCCAUCCUGGUCAUCCCCACCAACAUCACAGAUGAAGACAUCAAACGAGUGGCUGUGUUCAGAGCCAAGCACCGUAUACCGGUCUUGUCCUGGAUCCACCCGGAGUCUCAGGCCACCAUUGUACGCUGUAGCCAGCCGCUAGUUGGGCCGUCAGACCGUCGCUGUAAAGAAGACGAACGCUUUCUCCAAAUCAUCAUGGACGCCAACGCUCAGUCCCACAAGCUCACCAUCUUUGAUGCCCGACAGAGCAGCGUGGCCAUCACCAACAAGGGAAAGGAUGGAGGGUAUGAAAGCGAGAGUUUCUACCCCAAUGUAGAGCUAAACUUCCUGGAAAUUCCAAACAUUCAUGUGAUGAGGGAGUCUCUCAGGAAGAUGAAGGAUGUCGUUUAUCCUACCAUAGACGAAGCCCACUGGCACUCCUUUAUCGACCAGACGCACUGGCUGGAGUACAUACGGCUGUUAUUAGCAGGAGCAGCAAAGGUAGCUGAUAAGCUGGAGUCUGGGAAGACGUCAGUGGUGGUUCACUGCAGCGACGGCUGGGACAGGACAGCCCAGCUUACCUCUCUGGCCAUGCUGAUGCUGGACAGUUACUAUCGCACACUGAGAGGCUUCCAGGUUUUAGUGGAGAAGGAGUGGAUUAGUUUUGGACACAAGUUUGCUGCUCGCGUGGGCCACGGUGAUGAGAACCAUGCUAACUCAGAGCGCUCGCCUCUGUUCGUCCAGUUUAUCGACUGCGUCUGGCAGAUGACUCGACAGUUCCCAGCAGCCUUUGAGUUCAAUGAGCUCUUCCUGAUCACCGUGCUGGACCAUCUGUACAGCUGUCUGUUUGGUACAUUCCUCUACAGCAGUGAACAGGAGCGGGCCAACCAGGAGGUUCCAGCCAAGACUGUGUCUCUCUGGUCGUACAUCAACAGCCAGCCCGAGGACUUCACCAACCCCUUCUACGUGGACUAUGAAAACCACGUUCUCUACCCGAUGGUUUCGCCCAGACACCUGGAGCUUUGGACCAGUUACUAUGCCCGCUGGAACCCACGCAUGAGGCCACAGGUACCAGUGCACCAGACUCUGAAGGAUCUGCUGAUCCUGAGAGCAGAGCUCCAGAGGAGGGUGGAGGAGCUGCAAAGAGAGGCUUCAUCCCACUCCCUGUCGUCCUCCUCGGACCACUCUCCGACACACACCGCAGGAACCCCGCUGCACACGGCUGUCUGACAGGGACGGCCACACAUGACUGCUUUUGUGUGUUUUAACAAAGUUACACCAAAAUACUAAUUGACUGAUAUUUUUAUCAACAUUUCCAUUUGAGAAAAAUAAAAUAACUCCUCGAGAUAUUUGUAAAAUUAAAAAGCAUUUAGAAAAUGUUUUAAACUAGACCUAACUGAAGCGUCCUGUUAACUAUAUUUAUAUUAUUUUUAUUGCACUUCACAAGAGCAUGGAUUUUUUCUACUGUUCAACCAAAGCA